AUGCAAACAUUAACCGACUAUUUGUCCUCAUUAUACAAAGAUGAUUUAAUAUCAUCAAAUGAACUAUCAUCAUCCCUCCUAAUCAUCAGUUUAUUGUUCUUUAUAGUGAUGGUUAUUUUAUCAUUUUCAAUAACUAUAGUUUUCUUAUUCAUCAAAUUAUACAAUUGUCAUGAACAGCCAUACUCUGAAAAGGAUGAAGAAUCAUUAAUAGACUCUCCAAGAAAUGCUGAAGAGGAACCAAGAUCACCAAAGAGAAUAGUUGUUAUUGAUGUGAUACGGGAUGAUAUUUAUCAUGAAGUGAAUAAUUAG